UCACUUCAGUAGCCAACACAGACUAGAGCCUCUAACAAUUACAAACUGCCCAAAUAAUUAAUUUUAUAAUAUAAUUUUUUACACAUAUAUUUAAAUAAAAACAAAUAUAUUUUUAUAAAAAAAACUCGAGGAGUAUUCUAAAUAAACCAUAAAGUUGUCGAAAAAUAUUUAUUAGCUAAAAAGUGUCUUAUAGUAGUUUUUUAAAGCAGAUUUGAGAGUGACACAACUUAUAUUUUCCAUGUUAAAUGUUAAAUUUGUAAAUAUAUUUAAUUAAUAGAUUUAAUAGACGAAUAAAAUAAUUUAAAAAUUAAAAUGUCCGAAGAACUGAAAAUCGACCACCGAGCACGGAAGCGCAUCAAGGAAGUUAAAAAAAAAGCCAGGCCAGAACUGGCGGACAAGGCGGCUUGGACUCAGCACGAGUACGUCAAAAAAUUAGCAGAAUUUUGGAAAUUCGAGGACAAUGUUGACCGCAUCGAUGAGUCACAAGUUUCUUGUGAUGAAUUUAUUAAAUUAUACGAGAAACCUUACAAACCUGUGAUAAUACGAGGUGUUCAGACGGAAUGGAAGGCCCAGUACAAAUGGACUGUUGAGAGAUUAGCCAAAAAGUACCGUAACCAAAAAUUCAAAUGCGGAGAAGACAACGAGGGGUACAGCGUGAAAAUGAAGAUGAAGUACUACGUCCAGUACAUGCGGAACAACGAGGACGACUCGCCUCUGUAUAUUUUUGACAGCUCGUUCGGGGAACACCCGAGACGGAAAAAGCUCCUGGAAGACUACGUGAUACCCAAGUACUUCCGGGAUGACCUGUUCCAGUACGCGGGGGAGCACCGGCGCCCGCCGUACCGGUGGUUCGUGAUGGGCCCGGCGCGUUCCGGAACCGGGAUCCACAUCGAUCCCCUCGGAACAAGUGCCUGGAACGCCCUGAUAUCCGGACACAAGCGCUGGUGUCUCUUUCCGACACACACGCCAAGGGAACUUUUGAAAGUGACCGGCUCCGAGGGCGGCAAGCAGCGAGACGAAGCCAUAACCUGGUUCUCGGUGAUUUAUCCCCGGACUAAACUUCCAUCCUGGCCGCAAGACUGUCUGCCAAUUGAGAUCCUCCAGGGCCCCGGGGAUACCGUCUUUGUUCCUGGAGGCUGGUGGCACGUCGUACUUAACCUCGACGAGACGAUAGCCAUUACCCAGAACUUUUGCUCCCGCACCAACUUCCCCGUCGUCUGGCACAAAACUGUUCGCGGCCGCCCGAAAUUGUCUAGGAAGUGGCUCAAAGUUCUCGCGGAAAAAGAACCGGACUUGGCGGCUCUCGCGACUACUAUUGAUGUGGAAAAGGACACUGGCGUUGCCAGUGACUCCUCCAGUGGGUCUUCCAGCAGCUCUUCCUCCAGCAGCUCCUCCAGCCAGUCUGAAGAUAGCGAAGAAGACAGCGGACAGGAAUCUUUGUCCGCUCACAAGAAGAAGAAAAGAAGAAAAUUAAACAAUCAACCCUGACAAUGUCACGUACGUGAGGCCCUCAACAAGGUUCAACUGUACAGUAUUAAUCAUUCAUUAUUAUUGUUUGUACUGAGAAUAAAUAUUAUAAUAACUAUUGGAACAAUCUAUCUGUUCAUAAUAAAAUGAGAGCUAGAUAUUGCCAAAAUUUAAUUAAAACCUCGGUACAGCCUUCUGUUAAUUUUAUUUUAUUUAAUAUAAUAUAAUACAAUAUAUCUACUUAACAAUACUUAACCUUAAUAAUCCCAGUAUCUAAUUUAGGCGACGGUUCUUCAGUUUUAGUUUAAAAUCUAACCUUAAAUGACCUCUUGCAUUCCCACCAUUUGCGAUAAAAAAGUAAAAAAAAAAUCUAUACAUAAAUAAAUUAAAUGCAAACAAUACUGCAUUUAAAUCUCUUCAUUUGGUCAUUCAUUUAUCUAAUUAUUUAUUUUAUUGGUUGGUAAUAGCUACGUAGUGAUUAGGAAUAACUAUAGUACAAUAAAUUACUGCGACUAGUCAACUCGAGGACUGUAUAUCCAUAAAAAUUUUUUAAAUCAUCAAAAUGCAUGAAUUAAUUUUAUAAU